AUGUCGUCUACUGCCCAAGCGGUUCCUAGGAUCAAAAUGAAGAAGAAACCCAAUAAUGAAUUUGGGAUGUCAAGCAAAACCCAUGAUGUGGAAAGCGAAGAGGAGGAGGAGAAGGAUGAGCAAGAAUUAUCAUCUUCUUCAGAGGAAGAUGACAGUGAGAUAGAGAGAGAGCUAGCAGAAGUUACUUUUGAGGAUCUUCAAAAAGCAAAGUCUAAUGGGUCUCUUUCAGUUUAUAAAAAGCCUGACCAGGAGAAGAAGGGCGGCAGAGCUAACAAGAAUAGGCCCACGGAGGUGAGCUGCAAGAAGCCGGUGACUCGGUUUCGAGAGGUUGUUCAAGUUCCUAAAAAGGUAGUACGUGAUCCCCGCUUUGAGUCUUUGUGUGGCAAUCUUGAUGUUGAGGGGUAUGUCUCAGACAAGCAGUUAAAGUUUGAGUCAGCAAAGCAGAGCGAUGCUGCUAUAGUGACUGAGCACAAGAAGAAAGAGAGAGAAGCUGCAAAGCAAGGAAAACGACCCUUUUAUCUUAAAAAAUCCGAAGUACGGAAACAAAGGCUUAUUGAAAAAUACAACAAACUCAAGGCAUCUGGCAAGCUUGAAUCCUUCAUCGAGAAAAGGAGGAGAAAGAAUGCUGCGAAGGACCACAUAUAUAUGCCAUAUCGAAGGUCAAGCAAUAGUGAGCAACAGAGCUGA